GGAGAUAUUGGCCAACAAGAUUUAUCGAAUUCGAAAUGUUCAUUUUUAUCAUUUCAGAAGGAAAUCAAAAGUAUUUGUGAUGGAACUGCUAAAGAAUCCGAAAAGGCUAAAGUUGAAAAUGCAAAACCUGAAGCUGCUAAAAACGUUGCUGACGAGGACAAAAAACGAUCGAAGAAAUCCGAAUGUUUGGACAAAAAAAGUAAAAUGAGUAAUAAGCAGGAACCACGUACACCAAGUGACAGGAAAGCGCGUAUGAGUCCGAAGACUGCCAGCAAAAAGCAACGCAAAAAAGACUUAUUUGGUACCACCAUUAUCAAUGAAAAUAUGGGUUGGCUCAAAGGCUAA